UAUGGAAGAUAAUUAAUGUUUAGCUUCUCUCUUUGCUGACCUCUUAUAAAUUGUCAAGCCCUAAUCAGCUGAUGUAUAACAGUUUAAAGAAGUCUCUAAUGAAAGAUUAAGAAAAUGUAUCCUUGAAUUAGUUCGAGAACUCACAACUCUUGUUUAGAAUCUCAAGGAGCAGUUAGAAGAAUUCAUUGACAAUAAAUAUGAAUAAGAGAUUCAAAGACUAGAAAAUACUAUUCGAUAACAUAUUAGAGUAGAAUAAUAAUAACGAUUACAUAUAGAAGCACUUACUUAAAAACUAGAGGAAGAAUAGUAGAAAUAUGAAACAGAAAUCAAAAAUUAAAAUGAUAAAAUUAAGCAAUUAGAAAAUAUGUGUUCGUAAAUAUCAAUAAAUAAAGUCUAAAAUCUCAAUUAAACUAAUUUUAUUAUAGAUCCUAAUAAGAAAUCACCAACUGCUUAUGAUAGAUUAAAUUAAUUGGUAAGUGCAAAAACUAAAUAAUAUACUUAAUCAGCAACAACUAUCAAUUCAUAAUAGCUAUUAAAAAUUUAUUCAAAUCCAUAACAAUUACUUAAAAAAAUGUAAGAUUAGAAAAAUAUUGAAUAAAUGAAUAUAAGAGUUGAUACACAAUAAUCUGAAAAGGAAUAAAGUCUCUUAAAAUUAAGAAGAUGUGCUGAAGAUAAUAAAAAUGAAAUGUUUCAAUCUUAAAGAGUUGAAUCUUCUAGUCUUGAAAAAUAUAAUAGAAAUUCGAAAUUGAUGAGAAACUCAACUAGAUAAUCAUAAAUUAUGGGGAAUAGCUUUGAUAUUGUUUCGAAAACAAUGCAACAUUAUAAGAAAUAGCAGAAAAGUUUAAGUACUUUAAGAUAAUCAUGGAAGAAAUGA